AUGAAGAAGUUCGCCAAAUUUUUAUUAGUAAGUGCAAAUGGAGUUGGCGAAUUGAAAUUGGGCGUUGAUGUGGAGACAUUGGCUUGCGUUCGACUUCACUUUCGAGGACUCCGAGCUCGUAGUUGGCUCUCAUCGACCGUUACGCAUCCAGUGGGUGAUACAGAUGAAGAUGGCGUUCUCGACCCUCGACAAGGAAUGGAAUUUCCGAUACCAGAUGUGGACGCAAACGAAGAACCUCGAAGCGCGGUCUGGUCUGACACGGGGCGAACUCGAACACGCGGCCCGCGCAUCCGUAUGUCUGACACUAACGACGACAUUCCUGAUCUGGAUGAGUUGGACGAGAGCGAGUUGGAUAUGCCACCACCAGAUCACCGAUUUGUCUCUGUCAGUUUGGACAUCCGCCGUGUGGGGCAGUUGAUGGCCAGUCCACGUAUCAACGCGUCCUAUUUCGUUUGUAGUAAGUCCUGUGCAGCUCGUUCCUAA